AUGGGGGCUCAGCAGGCGAAGGAGCGCGGCACGGCCAUCGGCGCGUCCAUGCGCUCGGCCCGAAGCAGGCCGCGAGCGCCCAGGGACCCCCGCAUGCUAGGCUCCAAUAUAUUCACAGAACACAGUGAGGCAUUGCGGCAAAGUCGUCCACUACCGCACAUUCCAGACCUGCCGGAUGGAGAAGGCGCCGGGCCAGCGCCUGCCACGCCGCAACCACUCGACACCGCCAACAGAUGGACAUCAAAAGAAAACUUACUAGCCCAUCAAGAAGAAGACGAUCCGCAACUAUUCGUGGCGUUGUACGACUUCCAGGCGGGAGGCGAAAAUCAGCUUAGCCUAAAGAAAGGUGAACAGGUGCGCAUAAUGAGCUACAACAAGAGCGGCGAGUGGUGCGAGGCGCACACACUGUCCGGCGGCCGCGUGGGCUGGGUGCCGAGCAACUACGUGACGCCGGUCAACUCGCUGGAGAAGCACUCUUGGUACCACGGACCCAUAUCGCGCAACGCCGCCGAGUAUCUCCUGUCGUCCGGCAUCAACGGCAGCUUCCUGGUUCGCGAGUCUGAGUCCAGCCCUGGCCAAAGAAGUAUAUCCCUUAGAUAUGAAGGCCGCGUGUAUCACUAUCGCAUCAAUGAAGAUUCCGACGGAAAGGUGUACGUGACGUCCGAGUCGAAGUUCGGCACGCUGGCCGAGCUGGUGCACCACCACUCGGUGCUCGGCGACGGGCUCAUCACGCAGCUGCUGUACCCGGCGCCGAAGCGCAACAAGCCCACCGUGUUCCCGCUCGCGCCGCCCGACGAGUGGGAGAUCGACCGCACCGACAUCGUGAUGAAGCACAAACUGGGCGGCGGCCAGUACGGCGACGUGUACGAGGCCGCCUGGAAGAGGGGCAACGUGACGGUUGCGGUGAAAACGUUGAAGGACGACACGAUGGCGCUGAAGGACUUCCUCGAGGAGGCGGCAAUAAUGAAGGAGAUGCGCCACCCCAACCUGGUGCAGCUGCUCGGCGUUUGCACAAGGGAGCCGCCGUUCUACAUUAUCACGGAGUUCAUGAGCCGUGGCAACUUGCUCGACUACCUGCGCACGGGCAACCGCGAGCACAUCGACGCGGUGGUCCUCAUGUACAUGGCAACCCAGAUCGCGUCCGGAAUGAGUUACUUGGAGAGCCGUUCAUUCAUUCACAGGGACCUGGCAGCUCGCAACUGCCUCGUAGGCGAGAACCACCUGGUGAAGGUGGCGGACUUCGGGCUGGCGCGGCUGAUGCGCGACGACACGUACACCGCCCACGCCGGCGCCAAGUUCCCCAUCAAGUGGACCGCCCCGGAGGGCCUCGCCUACAACACAUUCAGCACCAAGUCCGACGUGUGGGCCUUCGGCAUACUGCUGUGGGAAAUCGCCACGUACGGCAUGUCCCCCUAUCCCAGGGUCGACCUGGCGGACGUCUACCACAUGCUCGAGAAGAGGAUCAUAGGAUCC